UCAAAAUCCUCCCUCUCUUGAUGCCUCCCUGCGAUUCUUCCUUUGAGUGCAGGCCAGGCCAGGCCUUCCUAGAUUGAGGUCAAUAUGCCGAGUUCGUCGAUCAGAAAAUUACAGUGGAGAGAGAGAGAGAGUGAGGGAGAGAGAGAGAGAGGGGCGUGAAUGGAGGAUCCCUAUUGGAGAUACGGUGCUUCUGCUUUUGCAGACAGAGACCUACAAUGAACUUCAACAUUGCUUUCUGACAGUUGGCUUGGUAUACCCCAAGGAUUUGUUCAUGUUCUUUCUGAAUAAAUUCAGGUUGAAAGAGGAACCUUUGACCUUUGGUGCACUUUGUGUCUUAAAGCAUCUACUUCCCAAGUUGUCUGAAGCUUGGCAUUGUAAAAGGCCUUCACUUGUUGAAGCUAUAAAGUUGUUGCUAGAUGAACAAAAUUUGGCUGUCCGUAAAGCUCUUUCAGAGUUUAUUGUUGUCAUGGCUUCGCAUUGUUACUUGGUUGGUCCAUUCGGAGUUGUUUGUUGAAUAUCUUGCGCGCCACUGUGCUGUAUCAGAUAUGGAUAGGAAUUGUAAUAUCCCGUCCCUUGAAUGAAUUAAGUUUUCGUUAAUAUUAUGGAACCCUUGGUCAAAUAUUUGCUGUCUUUUAAUGAAGCUAUAUUGUGAAUAACCUUUGGUUUGACUUAGUCAAAUAAUGAAAUGGAUAGACAUGGAAGUGCACGUGAACUUUUGGAUGUGUGUGUGUGCUGGUGGCUUGACUGGCAUGUGUGUAGAUACAAGUUUCAUGUAAUUUAUUUCACUUCUCUUCACUGCUAUUGCUUGCUCAUUUUCUGAUGUUUUAUGUGUUCCUUGAUCUUUUCACGUGCUUACCUGAUUUGUAUUAAUCUGAUGUGGAA